CACAGCUGGGCUUGUGUGUGUGAGAGAGGAGACCUUGGCCUGUGUGUGCUGGUUGUGUAAUGAGUUAGGAAUGAAAUCUUGCAGGGGCCGGACUUCAUGAUACACCCAUUCCCCUCAAAAGAGAAAAUAAAAGGCCUUUAGCAGAAUAGAGUUAUGCACAAUUGUGUUGCAGAAUUGUGCAGCAGUAGUGAUGUGAAGAAGGUGGAGGGAAGGUUUGAUUUAAAGGUUUACAGCAGGAAGAGUGUGAGCAUGGUCUCUCAGGGCCUUUGGACACACACACACACACACACUGAGAGAAAUGUAUGGAAGCACUGCGGCACCACUGCGUGUACUCAUGGCCGCCUGGCUGUGCGUUCAAAGAGGAGAAGCGGAAGAUAGGAGGAGGGGAAUGACUCCACCGAGAGAGUAGGAGGAGGAGGGAGAGAGGACGGUUUCCUUUUCUGUAACACGCUGCCAGAUCUCACCGGGAAACGGAGCGAGGGAAGAAAAUAAUAGGCGAGAAAGACAGAAAGAAAGAGGAAGAUUAGGAAAAGGAGGAGGAACAGAGGGAAACGCCGCAGCCUCUCUGUCCGUCCUUUUGUCGCUAGUUGGUUUUUAUUUAUUUAACAAAAACAGAAACCCCUCGUCCCUUUUUUUUCAGCGGAGCCUCGCCGACUAACAUGGGGGGAAGAGAGAGCUCCUGAGGCGGAUCGACUUCCAGAGAAAGCCCUGAUAUGUGGAGCCAGAUAAGACGCGAGAGGAACGAGGCGCAGGGGGAAGACAUGUUGAGGGCUCCGUGCUCGUCUUGAGGAAACACGUUGUCGAGCUCCGGAGAAAAGACAACAACAACAGGAAAAGAACCGAGGAGGACAAAUGGACAGCAGGCGGUAGGCUGUGUUCAGGAGCCAGUGUUUUUCAUCCGUGUUUAUUCAAUUGGUUUGUUGUGAUCUGAAAAGACGGAGGCCUCUCAGGCAGCCCCGCAGUAAAUAAAUCCACGGUCAGCAAACAAGGGGGCUACAGCCGAGAAUCAAGCCCACAGACCCUCGUCUAUUCCAAGGGACGUUUUCUCCAUUUCAACCACUGGAGUCGAAUUAUUUAAUUGGAGUGUUUUAGAUUAAAAAAGACAUUUCCAGAUACAUCAACUCUUAAGGGGGUCAUAGAAAAGGCCCAGUGCAGUGACACUACCUGGCUGCAUUAAUUAUUAUUAGAAUAAUAAUAAUAAUAAUUAAAAGACUGUUUUAACUCCGGGCAGCGCAGAGGGUUUUCAGUUCAGAGAGAGAGAGGACACUAAAAGAAGAUUUUUAAAUGUUAAUGUCGACCGACGUCGCCUCCAUCAUGCUGCCUGUGUCCCGGGGUCUCAUGGACCGGGAUAGAGAGCUGGACGCCAUGGCCGGGGUGCACACCAACCCGGGCGGCGCUCCCGCAGCCGUGCGAGGCAUGAAGCGCGGAGACCCGGAGCCCGACGCGCAGACGGCGGCCGCUCUGGUGGACUCGGCCGGCGCGGAGUGCAAGCGUCCCCGCAUGGACGGUUCAGGAGGGAUCGGCGAGGUUGGUCAGAACAACGACCCAUUGACCCUUGGUUACCACGGCUACCCAUCUCAUAGUCAGGGCUCCCAGGAUAGUGCUGGUGGUCAGGAGGGACUCGUACCCCCACCUUUCUCCGCAUUCCCUCCACCUCCUCCGCCACCCCCCCAGAACGGCCUGGCCCUGGAUUACGGGGGAAGCCUUUAUGCAGCGGGGGCUGUGCAGGGUCCAGUGGAAGCCGGUGGAGCAGCUAACAGCGCUGCCAACGCCGCCAACAGCCUCAGUGCCCAACAGUCAGAUGGAUCCUCCCAGAUUGACGUACAGUCCGGGGUUGGCUCAGGAGGAGGAGGCGGCGGGGGGAGCAUCGGGGAUGAUUCGGACGCCAAGGGGACCCCCAAGCGCCUCCACGUGUCCAACAUCCCCUUCCGCUUCCGAGACCCAGACCUGCGGCAGAUGUUUGGGCAAUUUGGCAAAAUCCUCGACGUGGAGAUCAUUUUCAACGAGAGGGGAUCCAAGGGCUUCGGCUUUGUGACAUUCGAGACGAGCGCGGACGCAGAGAGGGCCCGAGAGAAGCUUCACGGCACUCUGGUGGAAGGACGUAAAAUCGAGGUCAAUAACGCCACAGCCAGAGUGAUGACGAACAAGAAGAUGACCACGCCGUAUUCGAACGGAGAGGGCCUUGCUGCUCUUCCAUACGCUGGAUGGAAGUUGAGUCCCAUGGUUGGAGCGAUGUACAGUCCUGAGCUCUAUACAGUACCAGGGUUCCCAUACCCAGCAGCGGCAGCAGCUGCUUCCACUGCGGCGACCUUUCGAGGCGCUCAUCUCCGGGGUCGUGCCCGGCCCGUCUACAGUGCAGUCAGGGCAGCUGUGCCACAACCUGCCAUCCCUACAUAUCCUGGUGUGAUGGCCUAUCAGGAUGGUUUUUACGGUGCGGCUGAUCUCUAUGGUGGCUAUGCAGCGUAUCGUUACGCCCAGCCAGCUGCGGUAGCAACACCUGCGGCGGCGGCGGCCGCAGCAGCCGCUUACAGUGACAGCUAUGGACGAGUGUACACGGCAGACCCCUAUCAUGCUGCACUCGCCCCAGCCGCCUAUGGAGUUGGAGCCAUGGCAACGCUGUACAGGGGAGGCUACAGUAGAUUUGCCCCUUAUUAAGGAUACUACAUUUCCCAGGAGCUCCUUUCUUCCAUUGAAUUACUCUAAAAGAGCUCCCUCUGUUGUCGUGGAGGUGGACUGCACCCAGUUUUAAAGCGUGGAUUCAACCACAGCAAAGAAAUUUCAGAUCCCACCCCAGAGCGGUCCCACGUUUUCUUAUAUAUGCUACUACAGAAAUAGAGGAAUGCUGUAUUAAAGACUGAUGAAUGGCCUUUACAUUAAAAAAAAAAAGAUGGAAAAAAAAGAGACUUAAAAUGGCCACCUUCCCUAUUGCACGGCUGUAUUAUAGUCCCCUUCUUAUUCCCUCCGCACUCAGCAGCACAAGACUCGAGAUGGAGCCCAGGCAUUCUUCCAAAGGCUGUAUGUGGAUAACUGACAUUUAAACAGCUGUCGACCAUGUAAGGCGAACAGGCCGAAAGCUGUGGCCCGCACACGCUCGACAUUUAAGGAGAGGGAAGCAGGAGAGCGAGGUGUCCACAAAAUGUGGAGCAGUAGGAAGGAGUGAGGAGCAUCGACCGAGCAUCCAAACACAGAUUUCUAAGCAGAAUGAUGAGUCACUAUAACAAUAAAACACCCACUAAUGAGUUUUGGAAGUCCUCUUUAACGUGGGCAGAUGGUAACGAGAGAGGAUUUCCUUACUCGUUGUGUUCUGGUAGGAGGGGGAAUUGAAAGAUGGCGGCGUGCAGAGAUGAUGCGAUGAUUUUUAACGCUACAGAGAUCAUGUCCGAAAGCUAAAGGAGGGAAGGUUAUCAAAGCUGUUCCUUACCUCGAGUUUUCUUAGUAUGUCGAAAUGGUGAACCUUUAAACUUUAAAAAAAAAAAAUUAUGAUAUGCAAUUAGUUUAGAGAAAAAAAGUUACCAAAUUAUUAUUAUUAUUAUUGUAAUUAUUCUUAUUAAAAAAACAUUAUUUUUGUUUGACUCAGCCACACAGCAGCCACUGCUGUUAUGGGACGUGUAGAUUAGAGUGAAAUCAGAAAAAUAGCCUCUAUUAAAGUAAUAUUACACCUUUAGUCAACAUAACACAACUAUAGAUUCACUUCAUCCUUUCAUGCACAGGAUUUCACUACGCUCUGUUUGCAGCCACCACUCAACACUACAGGAAGUGUAACACUACACUAAUAAAAAAAAAAAAACAUUUGCUCAUUUAGUUGUUUUUUUUAAAAGAUUAAAAUCAUCCUCCAUCCAAAAUCCUGGAGUUUGAGCAUUUGUUGAUCCUUUUUAAAUGUAGAGAUUUAUUAUUUGGAUAUUUCCCUUCACGCUCCAUCUUUUAUAGAGCAGAGUCUAACAUUGAAUGAGUCUUCCUGAAACCUACUUUAGUUGGUAAUUGUGUUCGCGACGCUGCCAGCGGCAAGUACUGAGCAAGAGAGAGAUUCUGCUGGCGAAUGAAUAGAAAAUAUUUAAAUGCAAAACACCUUACUAUUGUGCAUAUUUCUAUACCGUUGUAUUUCCAAAAUGUGGCUGUUUUUUGGCUUUUGUUUUUGUUCCAAAGAUUUGUAGGAAGCACAUUUUUCUGCCGUAUGUAUAAAUAUAUAAUCUUUAUUAUUGUUAUCAUAAUCCUUGAUAAUCCUAUUGCUGUCUUUAUUUGCUUUCUUUCAUCUUUUCAUUUUUUAUAUCUUUAAUUGUUCUUCAGUAAGGUGCAAGGCCUUGAGCUGAGAGCAUACCUGAGUAGAGACAGACUACGGGUAUGCUUGUAACACUACCAUACCUUAUUUCCUCCUCUUAGUUAAAUAUUCAGUCAGUCUAGGCUGGUGUUUGAAUUUGUUUGGUUUUUUGGUUGAUUAUAGGAUUUGCUAGCAUGACAUUUAAUUAUAUUUUAAAAUAUGCAGGAAAGGCUGGAUUCUUUUUUCUUUCCAUGUCCAUAUUUUGCAGGUGACUGAGACAUUUGGAAGAAAUAGGCCUGUAGCACUUUGUUAAAAUUCAACUGCUUUCUUGUCUUUUUCAUGUUUUUUUUAAAAUAUACAUUUUUGUAAUGCAAACUCCUUACAUUUCAGUUGUAAAAUCCGUCAGCUUGGCCGAUUUCCAGUAAAAUGCUUGAAAGUGUUGUCCUCGACCACACGCAGGUUAAAGGACCAGUGUGUAGGAUUUAGUGAUAUCUACUGGUGAGGUUGUUCAUUGCAACCCCUCCCGUCACCUCUGUAUGUCAAAUCAUUCAGCGGAACCUAUGGUGGCCUUCAGGUAGAGUAUAUAGGUGAAAGGCCCUCUCUCGAGACAGAGAUUGGCUUGUCCACUCUGGGCGACUGUAAAAACAUGUCGGUGCAAUGUUGUUGGUUCAGUGAAAGAGGACAUGCUCUCUGUGUAGAUAUGAAGGGCUCAUUUUAAACUAACAAAUUAAAGUUUCAGGUGAUUAUACACGAAUGAAAACAUAGUUAUGAAUACUAUGUUAUAUUUAAAUGUCAAUACAUCCAAAUCCAACACACUGGUCCUUUAAUAUUCCAAAAUGGUGAAAAAUAAAUGUUUUUUUUUACAUUUAUGGAAAGACCUGCAGGUCAUUAAGUUGCUUCUUUUCUAUCAAAUGUGCUGCUGUUUUUUUCAGUUAAAAUAUCUCCAUAUUGAUAUAGAAUGUGCUCUGGACUAAGAAAAAAAGAAAAGAACCUAGCCAAAGAUGCUAACCAACAGUCCCUAGCACGUUCUGGUUCCCAGCUUGAGAAGUGUUACACACAGAGUCGGACUUCUGGAGCCCCUAUAGGCAUGGACAAACCAGCAUGAGCGAGUCUUGUCAAGUUUAAAAAAAAAAAAACAAAAAGAAGUUUGCAUGAAUCUUGUCUUUCAUAUUUGACUCCUGAGCAGCCGAGCCCAGUUGUGUUCUUUACCCAUAAACUCUGUGGAGAGUGACAGGCAGCUAGCGGUUUGAAGCUAGUUCGACACAACAGUACAGUGAAGAAGUCCUUCUGACAAACAAAAUGGCUGCCGCACAAAGAUCAUUUUCCUGUUGUGGUUUUAUUGCCACUGUAUUAUAGUAAAACGAUGUGGCCAUUCUUCAUAGUUGUUAUGGUUUCUAUGACCAGUCCUCUUCCUCUGUCAUGUCUAUAUCCCCACCUUGACUGCCAUUAUGUUUUUUUGUUAUUGAAUGUCCAUAUAAAAUGUUUUAUAUAAAAUGUUUUGUUGUGAACCAG